CGUAGUGCAUAAAUUACCAUCGCGGUGAACGAAGUGAAGAAAAGCUCGGAAAAUGGCGUUCUUUAAAGUGAGCUGUCUAGUCAUCCUGGUUACGGUUGGAGUAGUGCUAAGUGAAGAUAUCAAAAGCGGAAUUCAAAACUCCGUUGAUCUACAGGAUGAUCUAGAAGGAUCUGAAACAAUUGGCAUUGCGAAAAAGCUGUUACUUAUCAAAGGAUUGGGGCUUGGAGGAUUGGCAUUGGGAUCACAGAAAGGAGGAUUCGGAGGAUUCGAAGGAAAAUUCAGUGGAUUAGGUGGAGGUAACUCGCUGGAUAACUUUGCUCCGGCGCAUGACAGUUAUGGUUCAAGCUAUGCUGCAGCACCAGCACCAGUAGCUUAUGCUGCACCGGCUCCAGUCGUUUACUCAGCCCCUGCACCAAUUAGUUAUUCGGCUCCCGCUCCGAUACCCUAUCAGGUGCCAGCUCCAGUUACUUACCAGGCCCCAGCUCCAGUUAUCUAUCAGGCACCAGCUCCAAUUAGCUAUCAGGAACGAGCUCCAGUGGCAUACCCUGCUCCUUACCCGGUAGCUGAUGUUCCAUACCAACCACCCGUAUCUUCCGGAUACACUGGAAAUCUGCAGGUCGUUGGAUACCUAUCACCCAUCCAGGCUCAUCAACCGUCGGUAUAUUCCAACCAAGUUUCCUCCGGCUAUUACAAUGCUCCACCGCCACCACCACCACCAUCUCCAUUUCCACUGGCUCCUCUACCAUCGCUGUUACCAUGCGAGCAUUAAGAUCGCCUUAAACCACGAGAACAAGUGUUCACUACCUUCAUCACCGCCAGUUUCAGUUUUCAGGGAUACUAAAAUGCUCUUAUAUCAGUAUCUGAUAUUAUGUAGUUUUAGCCUAUUUUUCGACUAGGAACUAACUCAUGUACGUUUUGUGUGAGAAUAUAUCAUAAAACC